UAUCAAAGCAGAGUACAUGGGGGGGGAUAGAGAAGCACAGACAGAAUGGAGACUCUGGCAGUGUUUGGCGGAGCAAGUCCAUGUUUUUCCUCAUCCCUUCAACGCUCAGCAGCUGAGAGAAGCUGCAGCUUAUCCUACGCCCACCACAAGAAUCACCUACGCACCCGUCACCACCAGCUAUCAGCAUUCCCUUCAAAGUGCCAUCUUUUCUCAUUUUUCCCAUCUCGUCCUCAUGCUAAAACCCUCGCCAAACCUCGCAUCUUUCUUCCCCACUUGGUUGCUUCACUGGAACAAGUUGAUGAGACAUACAUAAUGGUGAAACCUGACGGAGUUCAGCGUGGCCUUGUUGGAGAGGUGAUCUCUAGGUUUGAGAAGAAGGGGUUUAAACUGACUGGCUUGAAGCUCUUCCAGUGCCCCCAAGAUUUGGCAGAGGAGCACUAUAAGGAUCUCAAGGGAAAGUCUUUCUUCCCUAAAUUGAUCGACUACAUUGUAUCUGGCCCAGUUGUGUGUAUGGCAUGGGAGGGUGUUGGUGUGGUCGCAGCAGCACGUAAGUUAAUUGGGUCUACAAAUCCUCUUCAAGCUGAACCGGGAACUAUAAGAGGGGAUCUUGCUGUUCAAACAGGAAGGAAUGUCGUUCAUGGGAGUGACAGCCCUGAAAAUGGCAAGCGCGAAAUAGCUCUCUGGUUCAAAGAAGGUGAAUUAUGUCAGUGGACGCCAGCUCAAGAACCAUGGUUGAGGGAGUGAUUGUCACUUAAAUACUCAGUUCUAGCAAGGGACACAGUUUUGAAAGAGUUUUCUGAGCACAUGUAUCGUUGUAUCAUUUAUAUGUGAUCUUAGACAAUAACCCCUCAGGAAUUACAUGUUAAAUCUGUAAUUUUGAGAAGCUUCAAUAAUUUUUUGUAUUUUAUAUUCCUGGUGGCGUUGUAUCGAUUCUUAAUUAAUAAGAGUGCCUUGAUAGAUUUUGAAA